AUGGCUUCCGAGUCAUCUCAGAUCAACCUCGAUGCGGAGAUUGUAUAUGAAUAUCAUCGAAUGCAUAUGGCUGUCAGUCCUGCUAGUGCCAUUUUUUGCCUUUGCAGUCUCGACACACGCGUAGCUACACGCGCAGCACAGCUUUUUCUCGACGGAUACGGAGAUUAUCUUAUUUACUCGGGCGGAUCAGGGAAGCUCACGGCGAAUCGAUUCACGGAACCAGAAGCCGAAGUGUUUGCAGGCAUUGCAAAGAAGUUGGGGGUCCCGGCCAAUAAGAUUAUCGUCGAGCCAAAUUCCAGCAAUACCGGCGAGAAUGUUCGGUUCACCCACGCCCUUUUGAAAGAACUAGGGCUAGAUGCCACUAGUUUCGUGCUAGUCCAGAAGCCAUACAUGGAAAGAAGAACAUUCGCGACCUUCCGAAAACAAUGGCCAGACCCCAAAACAGUGUUCACUGUAACAAGCCCUCAACUGGAGUUUGCCCAGUAUUCGAAUAAAGAAAAUCCCAGAGACUUGGUUAUUGAAAUCAUGGUGGGAGACUUGAUGAGAAUCCGAGAGUACCCGGCAAAGGGAUAUCAAGUUGAGCAAGAAAUUCCUCCCGAGGUUUGGGAGGCAAACCAAAGGCUUAUAGAAGCUGGGUACGACGGGCAUUUGCCUUGA